UUCCCAGAAAUGUCAACACGGGCCCAACCUAUUUCUCUCCGGUGGUUGAACAGAGAUGUGGCCUGCUGACACGGUGCCUGAUACCCGCAGCCUAUUUCUUUCUCAGUCUUUGAGUCUGACGGAAGAACUGGAGAGAGGGCUAUGGCCCACCAUAAUGUCGGCUUCCAGCCCGAGAACACAGUCCCACAGCCGGAUGCUAAGGAAGAAACGGCCAACAGUGAGCACAGCCCACUAGAAUGUGUCAUUUGCUUCACCCCUUAUGACCGGCUCUUCAAGCUGCCGAAGGAGCUCAGCUGUGGCCAUAUCUUCUGCCUGGAGUGCCUAGCCCGCAUCAACGUCUCUUCUGAGGAUGUCAACUCCGUCUCCUGCCCGAUUUGCCGGGCACCGACUGCCUUGCCUUCUCGCAAAGGCCUGCCGGGUCUCCCCACUCGCCCUGAACUAUUGGAUCAGCUCCCUUCUUCCCCUGCCCCUCCAGGCUCAGUACGCUUUGACCGUCGGCGGGGCUUGCUUUACCUGCCAGGUGGGAACAGGGGCCACUCGCACGCUGUGCCCAAGCCGGGGGCUGCCGUCAACACCGUCAGCCUGAGUGUCGAUGUUGGGCGGCCCGCCCCCCAAGGACCUAGCCGAGUCCUGGGCCUCUCUGGCUGGCCAUUCUACGUGGCCCUGGCAGUCGCCUUGCUGGUUACGAUUGGCCUCAUUAUCUGUGGGAUUUAUAUCUUUUUGAUGCCCUCCAUGUAUAUGGUUUCAGGGACAGGGCCACACCAAGCAAAUAAUAGCUCUACACUAGAGGCAAACCAGUCUCAUACAACGAACCUGCCUUCGCCUUAGAGUGAAAAUGUGGAAGAAAGGGAUUGUGAUUGCUCUUCCUUCCCUAUGUUGUGACUCUCCCAAGUGGGAACUUUGGGUACAAUAGACAUUGUUAUGUCCCAAGAGGGUAGAGAAGUGGGCAAGGAAUUGAAAUCCCCCCUGGACUGAAUUGACGGUUACCUGCAGAGGCAGUUGAGCUAGCCUUUUAUUAGUGACUUGCUGCUUGAACAACCACAGGAAGUCCCUGCCACAGACAUCCGGGUGCAUUAUCGUCUCUAGAUAACAUCAGAACUCGUUAUGCCUCAAUAAUGAAUGUGUUGCAUCAGAAGCAGAAAACUGGAAAAGUCACAGCACAUGGGUGAAAGAAAGCUUCCAGUCUGA